AAGCAAAUGAUUUCUUGCUCGCUUACAGAGGGAAGCGGACAGCCGUGUUCAAUGUUUCACCACAGAGCUGACUUAGCCUUCGCCCCCAAUAGAAAUAUCGUGACUUCCACUGAGAGAAAGUCGCUUUUCUGCGUCAGAGAGGAGCGGGAAACGACUAGAUCACCGUCAUGAUCAACACGACGGAGUGUGCAGUGGAUGCACAAAGUCUAAUAUCUAUUUCCUUACGGAAGAUUCACAACUCCAGGACGCAGAGAGGAGGCAUUAAGCUGCACAAAAACCUCCUGGUGUCCUAUGUGUUGAGGAACGCCAGACAGGUCUACAUGAACGAGAAGUACGCGGAGAUCUACAGGAUGCAGCAGUACGAAGAGGUGAUGACCGUCUGCAACGAGAUCCAGGAGUUAAACCCGCUGGAUUUGUCCGAGGAUUGUGAGGAGCAGAGGGGGGACUGCUGCGGCAACGGCGGGGUGAGCGAGCCGGUGAGUCUGUGUUGUGCUCUGCUGCCAGUGAGCCAACUCGUAGCAGUGCAGUCAGCGCAUAUGCAACCCCCCUCCGCCUGCUCCGCGCCUCUCUCUCUCCAAAGCGACGAAGUCUGCAAGGAGACCGAGCCCUCGUUUUACCAGAGCUGUUGUGCGGAGGCUUACCCUGUAUCGAAUUGCGAGUUUUCCCCGGUGAACAACUUACACUGCAACAAAACGACGGUGCUCGAUUUGGACACGCACGUAGUGACUACUGUGGAGAAUGGGUACCUUCACCAGGACUGCUGCGCGUCUCUCCAACAGUGCUGCCAGGGCGCACAGUACUCAGGCAAGAAACGCAAGGUUGACUUUGAAUAUUAUAUAUCCGAUAUUGAGGAGGUACCGGAUUUUACGCCGUGUAAAAGAGCGAAAUUUGAGGAUUGUUCCUAUGCAAAUUCGGAACACUUGGACACUUCGAACAUUUCCAAUCUGAUCUCGAUCUUCGGUUCGGGGUUUUCGGGGCUGGUGAGCAGACAGGCGGACAUAGAGCAAGCCUUCGCCUUGAACGGACAGUUCUGUAGCAAACAAGCCCUAUCGAGUCUUGGGGCAAUGACUAGAGCUAUAGUAGCUUUUUGACUCCAUGGUAAACUAGAAUGAAACACUUUAUGAAAUUGUACAAAGUAUAAAUCAAAUCGGCUUUAUUUUUUAGCAGGAAAGGGUAUUUAAAAAUUGAACCGUUUUGUUUGUUGACUUUUGUUUUCACAGGGAGGGAGAGAAAGGUUGUUGCCGCAUGUGAUGGGCAAAGCUUUAAUUUUAAACCUACAAUGUCUACAUAACAUAUUUUACAUAGUAGUUGUGAAUUUUAUCUAACGAAGUUGAUUUCGUUGCCUUAAACCCAACGCAUACUACUGGUAGCUAUUUGUUGCUAACAUUGAAAGUGGUUGAAUGUCUAGAUCGCGGAUCAUGUUGUUGAUCACUCCAGAACAGUUUUGAACACAAUGUCUCGUUUUAAAGACACUACACAAGUAGUGUGACCGAAUAGCAAUCAUAUAAUGUAGCCCCAGCUCAACCUAACUGGAAAAGUGUGGCCAUGGAUGGCUUUACAAAAUGCUUUUGUUUUGCGUCGCAGUUUCAUUCGGCAAAAUAACUAACAUAACGCUGUGGCAGGCUGUUUAUUACACAAGCACGGAUGUGUUGUACUUGGGUAUCAUGCAUCUAUCUCUGGGUUGAUAUUUAAACCUUGUGUAUAGACUCUUAUUCUAAGCACAUCAGUGGUAGGCUUUGUUACAUGGGAACUAUGUGGUACAUUCUCACCACAUAUAAAUUGACAGGUGAAGGCGCAAUGGUUCAGACUUAUAUUUCCCUAUCGAACUCCUGGGUGCAUUAACUCUGAACCAGCUUGCUGUGUCUCCAUUGAUCUGCUACUUGUACCCAUCUUCCCACCUCACCUCUGAUCAGAACCAUGAAUUAGGCUACUCCAACUCCCAGAGUGCAUGUGUAAUCUAAUAAAUCCAGGUAGUUUUUGACAGUUUUGUUUGUUGAGCUCCCCACUCCCUCUUAACCUAUAACAAAAAGUUAUUGAUCAAGCCUUCACAGUAAUUCAUGAUGCCAACAUGGCUUGGUUUUGUGAGUUUUUGUUUUAUUUUCUUAAAUCUUAUUACCUUUUGUUCUAAAAAGGCAAGCUCCUGAUUUAGCCAUACAUCCACACAUUAUAAGCACUAUGUGUACUGAAAGAUGUUUCCAGACUUCCUCUUCAUAUUUUGUUUUGUAUUCUUGUAUUUUUUUGUGCAUAUUAAAUGGUAUAUCACCGGGUAAAACUGUUUAAGAAAAUAUUUGUUAAAUUUAUAAUCUUAAUAAAAAAUUGAAAACAA